AUGUUUCGACCCGCUGCUCUUCGUUUCGUCCCUCGCACGACGUGGCGCGGUGCCGCGCACUCGACCGCCGGACUCCCCUUCUCCUCCAAGCUUGCUGCACUCAUCGCCAAAACAUCGCCCGAGCAGAUCUAUACUUAUAGCGUACCGCGCCUUGUGAAAUUCGGUUCCUGGACGCUGUCUGGCGUUUUCCUCGUGUACGGCGUCUCUUUUGCGGACUGGUCGCUAACCAGCUCGCUCGAGCUCUACGGUGAAGAAGUUCAGCAGCCCCCAAGCUCUUGGUGGAAACACCCGAAGCUGCUGCUCGCGGCUCGUGUCGCAGGCUCUGCGCUGCUCACACUUAUCCCGCUCACGCUGUCAUGCGUCGCAAUCUAUGCACCCUCGCGCAUAGUCACAGCCGUCAGCUAUGUGCCCCACGGUGCAUGCAAGCUCACACGCGGUGCGUUGCUCACGGGAAAACCCGUUUCCCGAGUAGCCGACCUCAGCCACGUUGCGCGUAACCAAAAGGCUAAGGUGUACACCGGCGUUGGUCCGCAAGGGACGGAUGACCGCGCGUCCUUUGCAUUUCUCCUCACGGACUCUCACCGGCCCGCGUGGGACAGGUUUUACAUAGUCAAUCGCUCGGGCCGAUUCUGGGCCCAGGAUGGACGGAUCUUUGAUGCGCUGUUCGGCGGCGAGUCUGCUAGAAGUCUCGAGUGUCCAAGUGCCACGCAAACCACCGGCCCUCCGCCUGCGACCUCGCCAGUUCAGCGCAUGAUCGAAGUUGAGCAGACACGCUCCAAGAUCCACGACCACGCAAGCCGCGUCAAGAGUAUCGUUAUGAAGCCUAAAUAG